CCACCUCUCUCUCUAUAGAAAAAGACCAAUCUCUCUUCUCUCUCUUCUCAACCGCGUUUACCUCAAAAACGCCUUUUAUUCAAGCUCGCGCUUCUUCUCUGUUGCAGAAGAACAACACGAGCUACAUCCCACCCCUCCUCUCUCAUUUUCUCUGCAACUCCAUUUCUGGAAAAAAACCCUAGAAAAAACAAACAAAAAAUCAAAACCAACCUCAUGAAAUUCACUCAGAUCCAUGGAAGAAGAUAAUCAAAAUUCAUCAAUUCAAUUCAGAUCUCAUUCUUUCAAACCCUAAAUAGAUCUAAAUAUUGUUUUGAAAACACUAAAUUUAGUGCCUUUGUUUUGAUUUGGGGGUUUCAUAAAAACAAAAAAUGUCGUCAAUGAAGGGUAGUAACAGUAGAUUCUUCACGAUCGGGUUAGUAACAGCGUGGUAUUCAUCAAAUAUUGGGGUGUUGCUGUUGAACAAGUAUUUGUUAAGUAACUACGGAUUCAAAUACCCUAUCUUCUUAACUAUGUGUCAUAUGACAGCAUGUUCAUUGUUUAGUUAUGUUGCAAUUGCUUGGAUGAAAAUGGUACCUAUGCAAACAAUUAGGUCUAGAGUUCAAUUUAUGAAGAUCGCAGCAUUGAGUCUUGUGUUUUGUGCAUCAGUUGUUAGUGGGAAUGUUUCGUUGAGGUUUUUGCCUGUUUCUUUCAAUCAAGCUAUUGGUGCUACUACACCUUUCUUUACAGCUGUGUUUGCUUAUAUUAUGACUGUUAAAAGAGAAGCUUGGCUUACUUAUGCGACCCUUGUUCCUGUUGUUACUGGAGUUGUCAUUGCAUCCGGGGGUGAACCAAGUUUCCAUCUAUUUGGCUUUAUAAUGUGUGUCGGUGCUACUGCUGCCAGGGCGCUAAAGUCAGUGCUACAAGGAAUUCUACUGACCAAUGAAGGGGAAAAGUUGAACUCAAUGAACCUCCUUUUGUACAUGGCUCCAAUAGCGGUGGUAUUCCUUCUUCCUGCAACUCUUUUCAUGGAAGAAAAUGUGGUUGGAAUCACGCUGGCACUUGCAAGGGAGGAUGUGAAGAUCAUAUGGUACCUGCUCUUCAAUUCUGCGCUGGCUUAUUUUGUAAAUUUGACAAACUUCUUGGUCACGAAACACACCAGUGCUUUGACACUCCAGGUUUUGGGUAAUGCAAAAGGGGCUGUUGCUGUGGUUGUUUCAAUUCUCAUCUUCAGAAACCCAGUCUCUGUGACUGGAAUGCUUGGGUACUCUCUUACAGUCUUCGGAGUUAUCCUCUACAGUGAAGCCAAGAAAAGAAGUAGCAAAUGAGAGUAGAAACUGUGCACCAUCCGCUUUUUUUUUCUUUUUACAUUGUUUUUACGCUGGAGGAGCGAAGAGCUUAUUGCCAAGGUAGAAGCACAUGCUUGCAUCCAAUGCCUUGGAUUAUGCCCUCAAAAUUCUUUUUUGUUUGGGAACCACAAGAAAGGUUUCCACCUGUAUCAACAGCAACAACCAACUUAGCGAAGACGUAGGGAAGUCUCAAUAAGAACUGAUUGGCCUCUCUUCCUGUCUUUCAUAUCUCAGUGCUAACAGUGAAAGAAUGUAGUCAGCUUAUUCUUUCAAGAGGUGUGGGGACUGGGUUGAUUGCUCAAUCAGUCUUUUUUCCAUUUUUCAUUUUUCUUUUUAAAUGUCAUCUCUUGAUUAAUUAAUGAUCCCAUAUAUCACUAUAAAAUUCUUAUUGAUAGAGUAAAUGAUUUACAUCUUCUAUUUUGCAACAAAAAUGUAUCCUUUUGUUUAAUUUAUAAUGGAAAACUAUAAUUUAGCAAA